ACCACUCAAAGUUUUCUUCUUCCCUGGGUAACUAACUUCUUCCUCCAUCAAUUUUCCUUUUAAGGAUUCAAAAUUUGCGAUUCUAUUCAGGGGUUUCUUGAAUGGUUAGGUUUCAAUUUUGAAAGUUGUAAUCUUUUUGUUGAAUUAGCAAGCUUAGUGUGGAAUUCUGGACAUUUUGGCUUCCGGGUAUAGUUCAAGAUUGAAUUUUUUUUCUUCUUAACCUUGUUUUGGGAUUGAUUUUAAGGGGGGGUAUUGUGGGUUUUGAUAUUCUCAUUUGAAGAACAAGUUUUAAGGACAAUGGUUCUGGCAUUCACUGGGUGCAUCCCAUGGAGGUUGUGCUUGGUUCUUGACAACAAGUCUCGUGGUGAUAAUGAUAAAAGCUUCUAUUUUUGGAUACCUCAUAUCUUUAAUAGGUACAGUUUGGGCACUUAGCAACAACAUCUCGAACCUUUCUCCAAAAAUUUCGUAAAUCUGUUUCUGUUCUGUUCUGUUUGGUUUUCCCUUUGGGUAGAUUAGGAAUUGGAUUAAUGGGAGGGGCAUCACUGCCACCGGGUUUUCGGUUUCAUCCAACUGAUGAGGAAUUGUUGGGUUACUACCUCAAGAGAAAGGUGGAAGGGCUUGAAAUUGAGCUGGAAGUAAUUCCAGUGAUCGAUUUCUACAAGUUUGAUCCUUGGGAGUUGCCAGAAAAGUCUUUCCUUCCAAAACGAGAUAUGGAAUGGUUCUUCUUCUGUCCCAGGGAUCGGAAGUACCCGAAUGGCUCAAGAACAAAUAGAGCCACCAAAGCUGGCUAUUGGAAAGCCACAGGGAAAGACAGGAAAGUGGUGUGUCAAUCUGGGGUGACUGGCUACCGUAAGACCCUAGUUUUCUACCGUGGACGUGCUCCUUUAGGGGAUAGAACAGAUUGGGUGAUGCAUGAGUACCGGAUCUGUGAUGAUCUUGCUCAAGGAUCACCAAAUCAGGGAGCUUUUGCUUUGUGCCGUGUUGUUAAAAGGAAUGAGCAUGCACAGAAGACGAGUGAUUCACAUGGAGAACCAAAAUCCAAGGGGCUUGGAAGUAGUUCUGGCAAUGGGGAAUUUACCUCAACUCAAAUCUCGAAUGAGGGCAUGAGUAUUUCCUGUGACAUUUCACCUCAAGGAAGUUACCCGUGCUAUGAGAGUCGUUAUUCAAGUCCAAUCACUUCUCCUCAUCCUUAUGAAGUCACACAAGUGGCACCAUUUGAACAUGCAUCAAUGGACAGCAAUCCUGCAAGCUUUUGGGUCUCACCUGAUCUCAUUCUUGAUUCUUCAAAGGAUUACCCACAGCUGCGUGAAACAGCACCAGAAUGCUUUCCACAGUCUGAGUUUCCAAGCUCGGUGACUCCAUGGCAACAAUAUCAACAGACGGAAUUCUCCCCUAGUUCAUCAUACUCAAAUUUUGGGGAAACUGGGCAUAUGGAUGAUCUGAGUCGAAUUGGCUGCAUGUCAACUUACUCAGGACACGCAAAUUAUAUGGACUUCUAUGGAAAUGAAGACAUUCCAAGUUAUGACAACAUGAAUCCGUUCUGAAAAGGGAAGGGAAGAUCAUUGCAGCUUGUCUAUUGUCAAUGGAGAUGGUAAUUUGGGGACUGCAGUAAUCUUUGGUUUUCAAGGAGACAAUUUAGUGAUUCUGAUAUAGGGGGUCUGCUCGGGUCGGGUCUGUGUAUCUACUAUUGUAUUAUCCAGAAAGGGUCUCCAAGAGGACGCCUUUUUUUGUCAGUUCUUGGAGUACAAGAGAAUAACUACAAUCCUUGAAUGCAAGUCAUAUUGCAUGGGAUUGGCACUGUCUGUCUGUGUUAUGUUUGGUUACUGUAGUUGCAUUAGUUUAUGUUUUUAAGUGGAAAAUGACCCCCGAGGAGUGACCUUUUUUAACAAUUGCACUCGGAGUUCGUCUGCUUGUAGCCUAAAAGUUUUAUGGAAUAAGUACAUUUUCAAGGG